CCAUACACAAGUACAUCCAGCGCUGUAUUCAUGUACCGUACCAUGGUACUGCACACACGCUCUAGCUCCGUUGAUUGCACAAUACCCCUGGAAAAACGAGCGUGUGUUGUUUUGAAUUGGAUCGGGGCGAUGUGUACAGAUUUGCAUAGACGAUGCAGAACUGACACGUACCGCUGCCUUUCGGCGAAGAGAAACGGUGAUAAAACACUCUUAAUGUAGUGAGAUGCCAUGUUCUGACUAUCUGAAGAUUCUCAGUUCGCGUAUGCUUUUGACUGCUUUGGGAAGAUCCCGGCAGGAUGGCGCCACCUGCUGUGUGAAUUGAUGUCAGCAAAUGUUUGGGCCAGCACUGAUGAAGCCAAAACGCAGCGCAGCAUACGUAUAUAGUUUUUCUUUGGUUUCUGGUAGCAUCACAGCCAUCACCAUGGCCUCCCUGUAAAGCGGUGUGGUAAGUUAGCUUCCUACCAUCCCGUGCGGAAUACAGAUCAGCCACAGUGAAUAGCUAUCUGCAUCACAGUCAGCCUUGUAGCCCCUAAGAUAUGGCAUCAUCAGUUAAGUCCUCUCCGUUGCUUGGACGCAACAUCAAGCAAGAGGCUGUUGUACAUGUGAUCUGCAAGUCUCCACCCAGUGAAUUGUCAGCAAGUAGCGCUUCCUCAUUUGUACCACCUGUAACAGGCAAAGAGGUAGUUGUUGUCACUGAAGACAUGCCAUCAACGAGCAACUCACCAUCAGGACAGGAGACUGGCCAAUCAAAAAACAUGUGUCCUGACUCUACGGGCAUCGACUCGGCCAAAGAUGAACGCAAGGCUGGCGGCGGGAAGGUAGGAAGCAGUUCCAAGAAGAAGAUGUGCGAGAAGGACAGCGACGAGUACAAACGCCGCAGGGAGCGCAACAAUGAGGCAGUGCGGAAGAGUCGGCAGAAGAGCCGACAGAAGGCCAGCGAGACGGAGAUGCGAGUGACAGAGCUGAAGAAGGAGAAUGCAGACCUGGAGCAGAGGGUCACCUUGCUCCACAAGGAGCUGGAGCUACUGAAGGACCUGUUCCUGACUCAUGCUAAUGAGCUCCCAGAUCCAAGUACCACUUUUGGGCUCUUCAGUGCUAACCCAAACCUGGGGUCCAGUUCUCCUAACCCAGCCCUCUCUCGUGUUGUCCUUAAAACUGAUACCUUGACUGUGUCCUUGUCCUGUAAGAAUGUCCCAGAGAGCAUCACUACCACAACAUGACCUACAUUUGACCUUUUGCCAACAAGGUUGUAAAAUUUGUGUAAAUAAUAGUUAGUGGUUACAUUUAUCCAUUGGAUCAAUUUUUAAGAAAGACUUGUAGUGCUAAGCACUUUUAAUAGAUAAAAAUUGCAUGUAUUAUGUGGUAUUUGCUUUUGGGACAUCAGAAUCACUUCACUGUGAUUUACAUUGUUGGUGAAUAUUGUAAGAAAUGCAUUGCAAAUAUUAAAGAACUUGAGAUGGGUGAAAUGUUAAAAAUCUAAAUAAUAAAAUUUUUCAAUUUUGCUUAUUUGCACAAAAUAGUGAUGUGCACAUCAUUUGUCAUAUGAAAAUAAACCGAUGGCAUCACACAUUCACUUUUUCUAAAAUUAAAAAAAAAUAUUUCAGAUAUUUCAAUUUUUCCUAUUGUAAAAUUUGGUUUGGUCGCUCAUAUAUAAUCAUUAUAAUUUAUUGUGAUGUGAUGGAGAUCUUUAUCAUCAAAUCUAUAUAAGAUGUGAUAUUUUUUAUAACAUGGGAUGACAUUACUGUGACAUCAUCGUUCCCUUUUUUGCAUAACAACUAGGUGUACAUGUAUGUACAUGUAAUUAUUUCAUAAAAAAUAAGUAGUAUUAAAAAAAUGCCAUAAUUUUGUUAUGUUGCAUCCAUUCAUUAUGAUAUUUUCAGUUCUAUGCUUGUCUGAUUUUAUCUGUAUUUGUUUUUAGUUUGUUAUUAAGGAAAACUUGGCGUAUAAAGGUAAAUAUGAUGUCGGCGCGGUGGAAGCUAAUGAAAGACAGAAUGGUAAAAGGAAAAGUAUUCUGAGGACCUUGUCAACUCAAUAAUAACCAAUUUUAUAUAAAGUUGUGUUAAGUCAUGAAGCAUGUGAUCUUGUUUAGUAGCUCAAUUCAUGUACUGCUAUUUGAUUUGAAGUAUAAUUCCACAUGAUCAAAAGAAGUCAACUCACUUCAGGGUUAAUGCCAAACCAAACAUGCUGAUAGUCCUUAAAUGGGAGAAGUUCAUAAUUCAAGAGUGCUUUCUUUUAUUCAACUACCAUUAUCUGUAAUUGGCAUAUUGUCUGAUUUGGCACACUUUUUUUCUGCGAAACUGGCAUUAUUUUCUGGUAAUUUGGUUACCUAGGUGUUAAGCCAUGAUAUGUGUACAAAAAAUGCCUCGUGGCCCCUGCAGUUUGGGGGGGGGGCUUGAAAGUCUGUGUAAUACAGGCAAGCUCUCCUACUGGAGAUGUCGAUCACAUGUUUGGUGUUCUGAUAUACAUGUAGGCCCUUGGGUUUUAUUCAUACUGUCUACUUGUGAUAUUUUAAUAUUUUUAUAAAUUUUUGUAAAAUUUACGAUUCCCUUUUUUUUAUUCUAAGAAAGAAUAGUUUAAAGUAAUUUUUUUUUCUCUCUCUCUCUACAACAUAUUUUUAUAAGACUACAUGUCCUUACAUGAUCAUAAUAUCUAUUUGAGUAAUUUAGGAAAUUGAGCUGAUGCUAUUGGAAGUGACAGUUAUAAUUAAUAUUUGGACAAUGAAAAAUAGAAAAAUCUUAAUUUUACUGCUUGUACACCUGUCUGUCCACCAUCAUCUUGUUCAUGUGUAUGUAUAUAGAAAGAAAGGCCCUGUCACACUCUGCUGUUUAACUAUAUUAGACUUUGUAAUUUCUUCUGCUGGGACACAGAAGUACUUGACAGAUUGCUCUAGCUUUCAACGUGUUCAAAUUUUAAUUGUUUGUUUUCUGUUAGUGUCAGCAUAUAAUGUGCUGGUCAAUAUUCAGUGUCUGAGACACAUAAUUGUAAAAUGGCAGUCUGUGACACUGUCUGAGAGUUAGAUGAUGAGGUUCAUUAUUGAAAAGAUUUUCAGAUUCCAACACUUAAUGCUGCAUCGUGUUGAAUUUGGAAAGUAUCUUGCAAUUUCCAAUAAUUUUGUACAAAAAGUUUAUAAACCAUGCUUCAAGUUUAAGCAAUUCCCACAAGAUUCAUGUUUGUUGUUUCUACAGUAUUUCAUGUCAUUUUUAUAUUUCAUUUUGAUUAAUUUACAUAAAUUAGUUUGGUAACUUAAUAUCUAGAUGAAUUUACUCUUGUCGAAUGAUUGAAUUUAAUAUUCAGCAAUCCCCUCCCCUGCAAUUAGCAGUACAGAAAUACUAUGAAUGAUAUGGAUAACCCCCCCCCCCCUCCCAUAAGGAUAAUUAAAUAUCUGUAUAAUAGAUUAUGUGAUGGUCUGGUCAUAAUGUAGGCUUUGUUUGAACAGGAAACACCUAGCUCCAAUCUGAAACUUGGUAAUAUAAUAAUGUUUAUCAAUAUUACAUUAGCCCAGUUAUUCAAAUUUUGCAUUGUAUGACUGUGUUUGUACCAAAUUCAUCAUAAGUGAGUGCACUUCCCAUGGAUAUGUUUUUUUUUCUUCUGUUUUUAUUACAAUAAAUUGAAAUAUUAAUUAAUUAAUGACAGUGCAUAUUACAUUAUCAAUAUCAUCUAGCAUUUCUAUGUGCUUCCAAAGGACUUUGGAUAUUAUUACCCAGGCAUAACUUUGCCUGCAGCUUCUUUCAUAAUUUAAAUGCAACAUGGUCAUACUAAAUGAUGGUGUCUUGCCAUGGCUUAUCUACUCUUUGAACAGUUGGAGUUCAAAAUAAUCUUUUGGUGAAGUGCUGCACAGAAAAGUUUAUGUUUCUUUUGGAGGGAAGGGGGUGUACAUGUAUAACUUCUGAUGGAUACUGUAACACAAACUUCUCCAACUACCAUCAAACCUGUCUAAGACCAGCCAACUGACCUAAGGAAUAAACAAAAUUGCCACUACAGACAGUUGGCCUUCAUGGACAGGCUCUAUAACAUAUUCCUUUCAAAUGGGGGACAAUUUUGGUGGUCACUGACCACUAAACACUAAAUUUCACUUUAGAAAGGGUGGCUGCUAAGACAGGUUUGUCUGUACUUUGUGUUUACUUAAGUACUUUGAUACAUGCAUGCAGAGAUCAUUUAUUAAAACAAUCAAUGCAAAGAAUGAGUGUUAUUAUUUGUACAAAUGAAAAUGUAAGAAGAUAGUCUUUGCCAAUAAUGUGCUAAUUGUAUGUAGGUAUUAUUGAUAAUAUAGCUUCUUGAAAGUUGUCCGCUCCAGUGUACAUGUUAUUAUUUGUGUAAAUAUCUUUAAAGAUUAAAGUGCAUUUACCCAGUA